CUGCUGGUAAAAAUGACACUCUUUUAAGUCUUUAGGUCUUAAUUUUGUAGAUUUGUACAGAGUUGUCAUUUGUAAUGAUUGCAUCUAGAAUACUUCUAUACUUUCUGCUUUUACUCUUUACUUGGAAGAGGCAGAAGAGCUUCUUGGUAGAGAAGAGUGGAAAGGUUAGAAGAAUAGUCCUGGUAACAGCAGUUUCUCUAGGAUGGCAGAUGAAACAAGCUACUAGAUAAUGUGAUAUAACAUAAUGUCUAGGAUAUUUCUCCAUUUUGUUGUCUAAACAUAUAAAAUAAUCAGGCAGUGCAUGUAUGAAAUGUAACACAGAUGUAGUUAUAUUAUGCACAUAAUUUUGUUUAAUGUUACUGAAAAAGUUGAGCAUGUCGCUGCUUACUAUUUCUGCAGGAUGAUCUAGAAUCACUGGCAGGAUCGGAGAGUUCCAUAACCACAGGAACAACUAUAAGAUCAAGACCAUUGUCCCGUGCCAGUUCUACAAUGUCAAAGGUACCUCCACCUACACAAGAUGUAACAGCCUCUGGUUAUGUAAUACCCCACUAUGACUUUGACCAACAGGAAUUGUAUGAGGGCCCUCCUGAUGUUGACGAGGUUUUGGAAGAAAUCAAACAACAGGAUGUAGUAGAAGAGUUCUCUGCCCCUGUGUUAAGCAUACAGUUAGUACUAAGUGUACCACACCAUGCGAAGGAACAUGAGGCUUCAGACACUGACAUUGUAAAAACAGCCUCUUCUCAAUCCUCGUACCUGAAACAAGCAUUCCUUGAGGGGUCAGGCAACAAGAAAACUGUCAAGUUUCAACAUACUUCAGAGGAGGAAUUUGAAGACUUUGACUCGGAGAAUGAGACAGAGUAUAGUGGAGAGUCAAGCGUAGAAGGUGAAUCUGGUUCUGAGACGGAGGAGGAGAAAGCAAGUGGAGACGACUUAGCCUAUCCUGAUGAUAGAAAGAAGAUUCUUGGCAAGACAUUUGUGAGCCUAUCACCGAAUGAACAUGAAGUGAAGAUGGGCAUCAAACAGAUCAUCUCUAUGUUUGAAGGAACUAUAGCUAAAUUUGUAUCUAUGACAAGAGAGCCUCGACUGUCUGUAUUCUGUCGACCUCCAGUGUUUGACCUGAAGUUGAACUUCGAUGAGGAAGAAGAAGAGGAAAGAUUGGAACUGAUACGACCUUGGCCUGACCUUGAGUACAUAUUUGGAGAUGAUCCAGAAUAUCAGUCCUUGUUAGGAGAACUCAACACAUACGUUUCCAUGGAGAUGGAACUAGUAAAACAGUAUUCUGCAAACUUUGAGAACUUCUGUGUGAUGGUAGACAAGUGUUUACGACUGAACAUAGAUGAGUCUAUGCAACGUAGACAGUGGUCCACAGAUGAGUUCAGUACAGUACUUGCUCUGCAUACAGAUAUGGGAGCCUCGAAGAAACUGGAUCAUUAUCCAAAGUCAGUAGAAGAGUUUGUUGAGCACUUGUCUUUCCUGGGAAAGAUGUCAUCAGAGUUACCUGCCCUUGAGCGAGAGUUUGAGAUUGUAAACAAACUGUUCACUAUUGCCAAGGACUACAAUGUUAAAGUGACAGAUGAACAACUGGCGCUCUAUCAGACUUUAGGACCAGAUUUCAUCACUUUGAAGGUAUUACCAGUUAUUACGCUAGAACUGAAUUCACCAUGA